AUGAGCAACGCAGAGGAAGCUCAUACCACUGAUGAGGUGCAACGCAAGAAAUGGAUUGAAACAAGGCAAUCUAUUGACAAGAUCAUCAAACGCCUAACCACUUCAAACAUCCAAUCAUCAGUGUUGGAGCUCUUUACAUCGAACAUUAAACGAAGUCGUGGGCUAUUAGUUCGGUCAAUUAUGCAACAUCAGCUACACCUGCCUCAAAAAACACCAACUUAUGCUUCAUUGAUAGAUGUGCUCAAUUCCAAAAUUGGUUCAAUUGGGAAACUCAUAUCAAGUCGAGUGAUUUUGCAGUUCAAAAUGGCAUACAUAUCCAACGAUUAUCAAUUAAGUACAACCUCCUUACAAUUUUUGAGCUACUUGACUAUGCAUCAAGUCAUUAGUGAGAUUACCAUGCUUCAGGUUAUUCAAUUAUUGUUGGAAUCACCAGUGACAGAUGGUGACGUUGAGUUGUGUGUUGAUAUUUUUAAAGUCGCUGGUAAAUUCUUGCUCUUGAGUUUUAAAGUACCUACAACGGUGAUUUUGAAUCGAGUUAAAGAUUUGUUACAAGACGACCAAGAAAAGUUGGGCUCAAGGGCGCAGAGUUCAUUGCGGUACUUGUUUAGACUUGGCCAGCUGCAGUUUAAAUCAAUACCAAUGAUUGAAAAAUCGUUGGAUUUGAUCAAUGAUGAAGAUAAGCAAACUCAUGUAAUAGACCUACAGGGUAAAGUAACCUCCAAGGACUAUUUAAAUGUAUACCAAUUUGAUAACGAUUAUGACAAACACGAGGAGGAGUAUGAUGCACUACGACAAGAGAUUCUUGAUGGCGAUGAAGGUGAAGAGGAAACCGUUCCAAGUUCAAAAGAAGUGACAACUGCAAAGCCAGUUGAAAUUGUUUCGGAUAUGGCGCAAUCAGAUCUCCUUCAAUAUCAAAAACAAGUUUAUUUAACCGUCAUGUCAUCAAUGUCAUCAGAAGAAGCAGUCCACAAACUUCUCAAACUAAGUCGUCAACAAAGUCAAUCACAGCAACAAAACUCACAAACUCUAUGCGACAUGAUUAUAAAGUGCUGCUCACAAGAAAAAACCUAUUCAAAGUAUUUCGGCGUCAUUGGUGAAAUCCUUUGUGGUAAGAAUCAUCAUUGGCAAACCCAUUUCAUUAACUUGUUUAAACACUACUACUCCAUAAUUGACAAUUUCGAAGCCAAUGCAUUACGAAACAUUGGUAAAUUCUUUGGUCAUUUGUUUGCAUCAGACGUAAUUCCAUUGGAUAGAGUUUGGGACGAAGUACGCAUUACACAACAAGACACCGACCCCGCCAAGAGAAUCCUACUUAAAUUCAUUUUCCAAGAAAUGGUUGAAGAGAUUGGUGUAAAUGAAUUGAAAGCGCGAUUAGUUGAUGAUGCAUUUGUUAAACGUGGCUUAAAAGGUGUGUUCCCCGUUGUGGAUGUCGAUGAAGAUGAUGCGGAACAUUUACGGUUUUCAAUCAAUUUCUUCACUGCUAUUGGAUUGGGUGUAUUGACGGAAGAGAUGCGACAUGUGUUGAAUAAUCUACCACCAGCGAGAUCAACUAGAGGUAGAAGAAGGAGUCGUGAUUCCGGUAGUGGUAGUAGUAGUAGUCGUGGAUCAAGUUAUUCAGGCAGUUAUUCUAGUAAUAGGAGUCGGUCAGGUCGGUCAGGUAGCUAUUCUAGAAGUCGGAGUUUUUCAAGAAGUCGUUCUAAUAGUUAUUCUGGUAGCAGGUCCAGAACUCCAUCAAGGGAAUCAUUUUGUCGAUCGUCAAGUGGUGAAGACGGCAGAAGAAAGAGUAGUAUUGAGAAAACUGGAAGAUCGGUAAAAAGAAGACGCUCUUUAAGCAGCUCAAGUUCAGAAGAUGAGAAACAGAAACCCAAAUUGAGUGACAUUUUAAAGCAAAUGCAUUAG